AAGCUUGGUAAUGGUAAAUAAUGAUAAUACGAGCUUAUGACUUCACUAAACCCGAUGCGGGUAUCCAAAUUGACACCUUGCUCUAUGAUUAGAGUUGACAAUUUUUAACACGACACAACAAUACAAUUGAAAAACCCAUAUAAAUAAAGUGGGCAAAAUUAACCAUGAGUUACAUAGUAGUAGUAGACUUGGAAAGUUGGAAAUGUGGGAAGGAACACCUAAUUCCUAACGUCCAUCCCUCCAUGUGUAAAAAAAGACACACGUCAAUGAUUCACUGUUUCACUCCUCUUACCACCGCUCUUCUCCACCUCCUUCUUCCUCAAUUAUCACUCUCUAUCUUUUCCUCUCUUUCUCUCUCCUCUGUAAUUCAGCUCAAAUUCUGCACCAAAAAUGGCAAUGAAAGAAGAAGAAGAAAAAGGAGGAUUAGGAAGAAUAAUAGAAGUAACAAAUUGGUUUCCAAAACUAGUCGAAACCCAAGUUGACUUAAUCGCUACUACCCUCUACUCCAUCCUCACCACCUUCCAUUACCCUUCAUUUUCUCUCUCCUCACCCACCUUCUUCAAACCACCCCAUGCUAACUAUACCGAUCCCCUCGACAUGGGUUCGACUCGUGCGCAAACUCAAAAUCAUACUCAUACUCAUCAAUCUCAGCACCUGUUUCAGAAACUGGGGUAUGGGCUGCUUGGUGCGCUGUACGCAGCGACGGUGUUGACUUUGUUAAUGGCGGUUGCGGUGGUUAUUGGGGUUGUGAUGGUUAAUUUUUUGGUGGAGAAACCCGUGGUUGUUAGAGAGAAGUUGUAUUUUGAUUACACUGAUGUUAAUCCUUCAGCGGUGUUUUUGUUCGGUGGUUAUGGAAUGAGUAAAUAUGGUGGCGGUAGCGGUCGUGGUCGUGGUGUUCCGGUUGGUCAUACGUUUCAUGUUUCGGUUGUGUUUUCGGUUCCGGAGUCUGAUUAUAACCGUGAGAUUGGUAAUUUUCAGAUAAUGGCUGAAGUUGUGGCAACCAACGGGAAACUUAUAGCGCAGUCAAGCCAACCAUCAAUGCUACAAUUCCAUAGCUAUCCUAUUAGACUAAUGCGUACCUUCAUAUUGGGUGUCCCUAUAUUGCUUGGAAUCUCACACGAGACUCAAACGAUCAAGGUGCAUAUGCUCCAGUACAAGGAGGACAAUCAUUUGAGAACGGAAGCUGUCAAGAUUACGCUCAUACCUCGAGCUGGGACUCCAUAUCUACCUCAAUUGUAUGAAGCUGAGAUCGUAAUGCACUCCAAGUUGCCUAGAGUGAAAGAGUUUGUUCACAAUUGGAAAUGGACUUUCUAUGUGUGGACUUCAAUGUAUGUCUACGCCGUGAUGCUUAUGCUGCUCCUUUGGUUCUUCAGAGACCUAUUGGCUUUCCCGAUAUCAAGAGGGAUUGAUCGUAUAGAAAGAAGAGAACCAGGGGUUCUUCUCGAAAGAGAAGAGAAACCAAGAGCAAGAGGAAGGGAAGGAAGGGAGUUCUCGGAAACACUUAGAAAAUGGCAGCAAUAUAGAAGGAAAAGGAAGUCCGCUCUUUUGAGUAGGAGUGCUUUUACGGACAAUGUUGGUUCGACUUCUGCCUCGAGUUAUACUGUAAACAAAGACGAUUUUGAGCCUACCAUCGAAGAAGAUGUUGGUGACUCAGAAUCGGUGUGCAUAGAAGGUUAGAAAGAUGCAUGUUUUGCUAAUGAUUUAGCUUCCUUGUGGCUAGUUUUUGUAUUAUAUUUGUUGGACAAUGUAGGGUGUACUCCCUAGAAUUGAUUAUAUGUAUGGUGCCAAUGGUGGAUGGUUUUUCUGCCUGAAGCAAGUCAAAUGAUAUUUUUUUUUUUUUUUUGAAAAUUCUAUUGUGAUAAUGGUUCAAGUAUAAUUAAUCAAAUAGUGGGUUGGGCUGAUUUAGGUCUUGGUACAAAAAGUCAUGUCAAAAACUCGUUAAUUUGGGUCGAACUUUUCCAAUUAAAACGGGCUUUUUUAACAUGUUUACUGAGCUGUCCAAACAUAUUUAGUUCCGAACUUUUUUUAGACAGGUCGGGUCAAAACUAUCAAUGAUCAUUAACCUACCUCAUGAGUAAUGCUAUUAUGUUUCUAUGAAAGAUUUUUUUUUUUUUUUUUUUUUUUUUUUUUUUUUUUUUUUUUUUGUGGAUAGUAAUGAUUAUAUUCGACAAAUAUGUAGUUGUGAUUAGUUGGUACCUAGAAGGCUAGAACACAAGACAUUAGGCAACCUAAUAAAAAGGAGGGUACAAGGCGUACAACAAGAGUACAGAGUUAGUUAGUAAUCAACGGACCAAAGGUAACAAAUUUGCUUAUCCGAUGCUAAGGGGAAUCUACACCUUUUUUUGUAAAAUUUGUCCUUUAAAUGCAAUUGCCAAAUGUUUUGGAAGUAUCGUUUGGCAAGUUGGACAAAAAUUAUAAUUCAUAUUAAAUUUCACCUUGAUUAUUUAUUUAUAGUAAUUAUCGACUCUACAGGUAUAGCCGUAUAGCUAAAAUGUUUUGGAAGUAUCUUUGAUG